UUCAAUCUGCCUCACACCAGCUGCCCUACUCCUCCCCAGACUCUACAGGUGAGUAGAUCCUGACCAGGUCUGUGUUCAGCUCUUCUCCAGCAUGGCGGCUCUGUGGUUCCAGUCCUUCUCUCUGCUGGUCUUACUGGUGGUUUCAUGGCCCGGAUCCCAGGCCGUUGCUCCUCCGCAGCACCUGUGUGGUUCUCACCUGGUGGAUGCCCUCUAUCUGGUCUGUGGGGACAGAGGGUUCUUCUACAACCCAAAGAGAGACGUGGACCCCCUGCUGGGUUUCCUCUCUCCUAAGACCGGACCAGGACCAGUUCAUGGCGGUGAGAAUGAGGUGGCGGAGUUCGCCUUCAAGGACCAGAUGGAGAUGCUGGUUAAGAGAGGCAUCGUUGAGCAGUGCUGCCACAGACCCUGCAACAUCUUCGACCUGCAGAACUACUGCAACUGAGCAUUGCGUUUAGCCAAGCCUCGUCACCUCCACGUGAAGGGGGCGGAGCUACACUCUUCCUAACCGGCUGCAGUCAGUGAAGAACUGACUGAUGGAUGAAGAUAUUUUUGCAAGAAAAUAAAGAUUAAUGAAUUGAGAA